CUCCGGUGAGCAGGACGGCCACCUGGGGAAAUGUUUGCAGUCCCAGUCCAGUAGUUGCCUGGGGGCAUCGCGGCGACGCUGCCCUGCUGGUCCAAUGGGAGCACGCCCAGGACCUCAGGCUUAGCUAUCUUUAAAACACCCAGCGGGGCGCCCCCCAGGUACCUCGCAGGUACCCCCAGGUAUCUCGCAGCGCUCAGCUAUCCAGACUCCGGGAUGCUGCCUUGAGCAACUGACCCCUCUGGAGGUUGCGCAUGCCAGCCCGGCCAGGAAACGGAGGACUCCGCAGACCCAGUCCUCCCCACGCUUCUUCUGCACAGAAACGCACGCUCCUGGCUCAUCCUCGGCUUCCAGAACCUCUGAGGCCGGAGGCCCCCAGUUCUACCUUAUGUGUGGGGCGUCUUGCCAGCCAUGACCCUGACACUCACCUUCCUGCUGCUGCUGGGGCUCUGCUGGAACACCAUUUCCGAGGGGCCUCCAUCAUCCUCAAGGAGCCCCGCUGGUCUGGAAUUUGAAUUGCCCUCAACGAACUAUGAGACCAAAGACUCUUACACACCUGGGCCCAUUGGCGUUCUCUUUCAAAUGGUGCAUGUCUUCCUCCACGUGGUGCAGCCCAAUGCUUUUCCAGAAGAUAUUUUAAGAAAAAUAAUACAAAAGAAGUUUGACCUUUCAGCUGAUUAUGAGAAGCCAGAAAGUGUGGUCUUGACCCUGAAGGUGGUCCACUACGAGAUCGGGAUUAUUAUCUGCGCCGCCCUGGGGCUGCUGUUUGUCAUCCUGAUGCCUGUGGUGGGCUUGUGCUUCGGUGUGUGCCGAUGCUGUAACAAGUGCGGCGGAGAGAUGCACCAGCGACAGAAGAGGAACGGGGCCUCCCUGAGGAAGUGCUACGCGGGCUCCCUCUUGGUGACGUGUGUAUUCAUAAGUGCCACCCUGCGCCUGGCCUGUCCCCACGGUCACACAGCAAAUGCUCUUCCUCUCCUGUGCUUUUCCUGCAGCGUCGGUGUCAUCUACGGUUUUGUGGCAAACGACCACCUCAGGACCCACAUCGGCAAGACGUGGAAGCUGGCAGACAGCAACAUCAGAGACCUGAGGACGCUCGUGAACGAAACUCCAUCGCAAAUCAGCUAUGUCCUGGGCCAGUACUCCACCGCUAAGGAAAAGGCAUUCUCAGAUCUGGACAAUAUCAAGUCGCUGCUUGGAGGUGGAAUUCAUGAACAACUGAGACCGAAAGUAAUCCCUGUUCUCGAUGACAUCAAGGCCAUGGCGGCUGCAAUCAAAGAGACCAAAGAAGCCCUGCUGAACGUAAACAAAAUCUUAGGGGAGCUGAAAAAAUCAACUGCACGACUCAGCACCAGCCUGCACGACGUUAAGACGAACCUGGAGCAAUCACUCAAUGACCCCAUGUGCUCCGCACAGUCAGAGAUGGCCACUUGCAAUGACGUCAGAAUGACUCUCAGCCAACUGGAUAACAACACCAACUUGGGCCAGCUCCCAUCUUUGGAUAAGCAAAUUGAUAAUAUUACAAAUGUGCUUCAAACAGACUUGUCCAGCCUGGUCCAAGAGGGCUAUAAAUCCUUUAAUGAUAUACCUGAGAGGGUGCAAAACCAAACCGCGGACAUGGUAUCAGGUAUCAAAAGUACCUUGAAUUCCAUUGGUUCACAUAUUGAAAAUGUCAACAAGCAGAUUUCUAUUCAGGAGAAGCUGACAGGUUUCUUGGAUCCCAUCAAUCACAUUGAAACUUCCAUCCACCGCGGAUUACCCAUGUUGGAGGAAUACAAUUCAUACAGGUGGCUGGGUGGCUUGGUAGCCUGCAGUUUGCUGACUCUCAUCGUGACUUUUUAUUACCUCGGCUUAUUGUGCGGCGUGUGUGGCUAUGACCGAAAUGCCACCCCGACCAGGCGAGGCUGCAUCUCAAACACUGGGGGCGUCUUCCUCAUGGUAGGGGUUGGAAUCAGUUUCCUCUUUUGUUGGAUAUUGAUGAUCAUUGUGGUUCUUUCUUUUGUCAUUGGUGGAAAUGUGGAAAAAUUGGUCUGUGAACCUUACCAAAGCAAGAGGUUAUUCCAGAUUUUGGAUACACCAUAUUUAAUAAAUGAGAAGUGGAAAUAUUAUCUCUCUGGCAUGGUACUUAACAAACCGAAUAUUAAUCUCACUUUCGAACAAGUUUACAGUGACUGCAAAGACAAUAAAGGCAUUUACACCGCACUGAAGCUGGAGAACAUCUACAAUAUCAGUGAAUAUCUCAACAACCAAGAGUUUACCAAAAACAUAAGCGGUAAUUUUGAUGACAUGAAGGUGAAUAUUGACAAUAUUGUCCUGCUGGAUGUGGCAGGGAAAAAAAACCUCCAGGACUUCAGCUCUUCCGGGGUGGACAGAAUAGAUUACGGCGCCUACUUGGCAGAGACAGCUAAAACGCCCACAAAGGUGAAUCUUUUAACGUUUGCAGAUGGUCUAGAAGAAAAAGCCAACAAGUUGCCCCAAGGAAGCUUGAAGCGGUCCCUGGCAAGUAAUGCUCAGAAGAUUAGAAUGAUUUACCAUGGCCAAGUCACACCUCUGGAAUCGUCCAUGACAACUCUUCACCAAAGCAUUCAGGACCUUCAACACAAAAGCAGUGGAUUGGGGGUGAAAGUGCACAACGUCAUUUCCUCUUUGGAUUCUGCUCAGAACUUUAUUGCAAACAGCAUUUCUUCUGUUAUUGUUCAAGAAAGUAAGAAGUAUGGGAAGAUGAUAAUUGGAUAUUUUGAACAUUAUCUGCAGUGGGUCAAGAUCUCUAUCGUGGAGGAAAUCGCAGCCUGCAAGCCCGUGGCCACUGCUUUGGAUUCUGCUGUCAACGUGUUUCUGUGUGGUUACAUCAUCGAUCCCAUGAAUUUGUUUUGGUUUGGCAUAGGAAAAGCUACCAUAUUUUUGCUCCCGGCUCUAAUUUUUGCUGUAAAGCUGGCCAAGUACUACCGGCGGAUGGAUUCGGAGGAUGUGUAUGAUGAUUCCUCGGCCCCGGGGACUUGGCACUUGAAUCUGUAGCUGCUUUGGCUAGUCUGUUCUUUGACCCUGUAGUCUGCCCUUCUCUCUGUGCUCGGUGAACUCGUUCGCUUCAUUGUUACGUCACCCAUCUUCUCCUCCACACGGCUCUCUUCCGACCUGGUUCCUUCAGCAUCUCCUGGGAGUACCAAGGUGGGGGGUGAGGCUGUUACGCUGUGAUCAGAAUUAAAAAAUAAUUGUCUCUCUCUGUUGUUUUUUCUUCUUUGAUAUUUUAUAGUGUUGAAACUGUACCCAUGAAAAAUAUGCAAAAGGGUAAUAUUGGUUUUCAUAGACAUCAAACCACUCAGAACCUAUGAACAAAGCUGUUAAACAGAUCCAACUGCAGGGGUUCUUGGUCUGCCGCGUCUGCCAAUUUUGGAAAAGAAGCCUGCCCCCCGAGGACUUUACGGACACAGGAUACCGUAGGGAGCACGCACUCCGGGCCCAGGAGGGAAAGGCGUGCGCCCCUGCCUUCCGCCUCUGGGAGUCUGGCUUUAGUCACCCGCGCCGUCUGUGAAAGUCCGACUGCGGAACACAUUCAUUCAUCUUCAGUUCAGCCCUGGGGACCAGAUGUGAAUUUUGUCACAUUCCCUGGCCUGGGAAGUUAGACUUGUAGUUGGAGGAAGUUCGGCAAAUAGAAGGCAUGCGAAGGCAUGUGAACAAUAAAAUAAUGACUUCAGAAAUAUGACUCCACCCUUCUCAUUGAAAAAUAGAUCUGAACUAUAGUUACCACUUAAGGCACCAUAUUGUCUCCUCGGGGUGGCUGUAACAAAGGGCACGAACUGAGUGGCUGAAAGCAGCA